CUCUAUCUCUCUCGUGCACGCGCUGAACGGAAAUCAGACUCCUCUGGCCGCACGUGCUUCAACGGAGUUACUCCGCACGCGAUAGCCGAGCGCGAGGAGCCCCUCUCGCUCUCUCUCAGUCAGUCAGAGUCUCUCUCUCUCUCUCUCUCUCUCUCUCUCUCAAGAAGAAGAGCAGCGGCGUCCGCGCUUUUCACUUUUUUCAGGCAUCCAUGGCGCUGUGUAACGGCGAUACCAAGAAGGCGUCUCCAGUGUUAGUAAGUUUUCCUCCACUGGAAAAUCUCCAGGACGAGUUUUAGUCGUCAGAAAGGAAGAAAAAAUCAGGCACAUGAGGGAGUAGCUGUUUAUCACGGCUGUAACGUAAGCGAGAAGAGGAACUAACUCAUCUUGCUGACAGUCCACAAUGUUAAAGCUGGAUAUCAGUGGCGAGCCGACAGACGGGUUGCAGGACUACGAUGGGGCCGUGGUGAUCCUGGACGCCGGGGCGCAGUAUGGAAAAGUGAUUGACCGGCGAGUGAGAGAGCUGUUCGUGCAGUCGGAGAUCCUGCCGCUCGAGACGCCCGCCUUCGCCAUCAGAGAGCAGGGCUUCAGGGCCAUCAUUAUAUCUGGCGGCCCGAAUUCAGUCUACGCAGAAGAUGCUCCCUGGUUCGACCCCGCCAUAUUCACCAUCGGCAAACCCGUCCUGGGGAUCUGCUACGGCAUGCAGAUGAUGAAUAAAGUGUUCGGAGGCACGGUGCACAGGAAGAGUGUAAGAGAAGACGGCGUGUUCAGUAUCAGUAUAGACAACUCCUGCUCGCUCUUCAGGGGUCUACAGAAGGAGGAGAUGGUGCUCUUGACUCACGGUGACAGCGUGGAUAAAGUAGCAGAUGGCUUCAAAGUCGUGGCUCAGUCUGGCAACAUUAUUGCAGGUAUCGCUAACGAGCAGAAGAAGCUCUACGGGACACAGUUUCACCCGGAAGUAGAUCUGACCGAGCGGGGCAUGGACAUGCUGCGGAACUUCGUGUUCGAGAUCGCCGGCUGUCCCAGCAACUUCACCGUGCAGAACCGGCAGAUGGGAUGCAUACGCGAGAUCCGUGAGAAAGUGGACAAGUCCAAAGUGCUGGUACUGUUAAGCGGUGGUGUGGACUCCACAGUGUGUACAGCUCUGCUUAAUAAAGCUCUAAAUCAGGACCAAGUGAUCGCCGUCCACAUCGACAACGGCUUCAUGAGGAAGAGGGAGAGCCAGAGCGUGGAGGAGGCACUCACCAAACUCGGCAUUAAACUCAAAGUUGUAAACGCAGCGCACACGUUCUACAACGGCACCACGACGCUGCCCAUCUCUGAGGAGGAUCGCACACCCAGGAAACGCAUCAGCAAGACGCUCAACAUGACCACCAACCCCGAGGAGAAGAGGAAGAUCAUCGGAGACACCUUUGUCAAGGUGGCGAACGAGGUGAUCGGUGAGAUGAACCUGAAGCCCGAGGAUGUGUAUCUGGCGCAGGGCACACUCAGACCGGACCUGAUCGAGAGCGCGUCUCACCUGGCCAGUGGCAAGGCUGACGUCAUCAAAACCCACCACAACGACACGGAGCUCAUCCGCAAACUCCGAGACGAGGGGAAGGUAAUCGAGCCGCUGAAAGAUUUCCACAAAGACGAGGUGCGAGCGUUGGGCCGAGAGCUGGGGCUCCCCGAGGAGAUCGUCUCCCGACACCCUUUUCCUGGUCCUGGUUUGGCCAUCAGGGUCAUCUGCGCUGAUGAACCUUAUGUCUGCAAAGACUUCGCUGAAACCAACAACAUCCUAAAAAUCAUCACAGACUUCUCCGCCAGUGUUAAAAAGCCACACACUCUGCUUCAGAGAGUGAAGUCGUGCAUAUCGGACGAGGAAGAGGAGAAGCUGAUGCAGAUCACCAGCCUUCAUUCACUAAAUGCCUUCCUGCUGCCAAUUAAAACCGUUGGUGUCCAGGGUGACGCGCGGUCGUACAGCUACGUAUGUGGGGUGACCAGUAAAGAAGCUCCGCACUGGGAAUCGCUCAUGUUCCUGGCCAGACUCAUCCCUCGUAUCUGUCACACCAUCAACAGAGUUGUGUACGUGUUUGGGUCGCACGUAAAGGAACCUCCGACAGACAUCACUCCCACGUUCCUGACCACAGGCGUACUGAGCACGCUCAGACAGGCCGACUUCGUGGCCCACUCCAUCCUCAGGGAGUCGGGUUACUCGAGUAAGAUCAGUCAGAUGCCCGUCAUCCUCGUGCCUCUGCAUUUCGACCGUGACCCGCUGCAGAAGCAGCCGUCCUGCAGACGCUCCGUCGUCAUCAGAACCUUCAUCACCAGCGAUUUCAUGACCGGCAUCGCUGCCACGCCGGAUAACCACAUCCCAGAAGAGGUGGUGCUGAAGAUGGUGAGCGAAAUCAAGAAGAUCCCAGGCAUCUCCAGAGUGAUGUACGACCUGACGUCCAAACCUCCGGGAACCACAGAGUGGGAGUAGAGCAGAGCGCUGAACUCUCUCUGGGCUCUCCUUCACCUCCUCCUCCCUUUCUCUCUCUCUCUCUCCCUCUCCCCCCUUCUUUUUUUAUUUGGACUUCCUCCUUCCCUUCCUUCUCCUUCAUCCUUCCAUGGCAAUGUUUCCACACUCACCAACAAAGCUCUCCGACCCUCAGAGAACAGAACACAACAUUCCCUACGACAGCAGCCAGUACUGUGAUUAACACCACACACACACACAAAGCCGCGACUUCAUCACAGCCUCAUUUUCUGGGGCUUAUUAUUAUUAUUAUUAUUAUUAUUAUGAUGAUGAUUAAUAUUCUUAUUAAGCUGGUUGUUUAUUAUUUCAGGAAGUAGUCGUCGAUGUAUUUUGCAGUUAAGGCUUGCAGAAAUAACUAGGGAUGCAUCGAUAAAACAGAAUAAAAGACUUAGCGACUCGCUCCGUCGUCGCGUGACGUUUCGUUUAGCCGUGUCCGUGCUUGUAGAUGCCGCCACUAACGAACCGCCGAGUUUCACGCGCGAGACGUUCAAACCGUGUCUCUAACAGAGAGCGCCGUCUAUUAAAGAUACAGUUUAAACACUAUUCCAAUGUUUUAUCAGGUGUUUGAUAUUUGUGUUGUAGGACGAUGCUGAUGUUAGUAUUGGUAUCGAUGCAUCCCUAGAAAUCACACACACACGGUCUUCUAGUACGAGUCUCUCAUCUCUGCUCCGUUCUGCUUUUCCACAUCAGCUUCAUUCACCUCACACUCUUCUGCAUUACUAACUCACGUGACCAAUUCUCUUGAUUUGCCAAAUGGAGCUGGUUUGAUGUUACAGGCACUUCCAGAACUGCCACUUUUUUCUUUUUCUUUUUUGUUUUUGCUUCUCUCUCUCUCUCUCUCUCUCUCUCGUUUUCUUUCUUUCUUUUUUUUUUUUGAGAUCUGCGAAGCGUGCUGUGAAGAAGCUUUUCCCGUUGAGGACGAGCUUUCCUAGACUUUGUGCCUGGUUCUUUUGUCCUUUCUCGUUUUGUCUUAUUUUUUUUCCUCCUCCCUUCAGGGAUGUGAACAGAACUAACACAUGCUGCAUAAUAUUUUUUUUUCUUUGGCACUUACCUGAGAAAGUAUAUUUUGUCUGCUUCUGUGCGAGUGUGUGAGAAGGGGGCGCAUCGUUUGCACAUUUAACCAUAUCUCUGUGUUUUUUUUUUUGUUCUUUAAACCCAUAAGGCCUUGGUGCUUUGCUUCCUGUAUAGCGUCUCCUGAGGCUGGACUUGGGAAGCAAUUAUUAGACGGAUGAGGAGAAAAGGGGCUUAAGCUGUGAUCACACAAUAACCCGUUAACUUAGUUUUUUUGUUUUGUUUUUUUUUAAGUCUAUAGAAAAUGGGAGGGGCUACAGGUUAGUUCUGUUAACUUUACGUAGAGGUUUGCUUGGCGCCGAAACCAGAAAUCUAUGCCUGAUGUAGAUAAGAUUUGAAGUGUCGUAAUGGUGAAUAACAUGCCUAGCUAUUUAUUGUCUUUGUUACGUCUCAUUACACUAUCCUCAUUUCAAUAGCAACAAAAAACAACAAAAAAAAACAAUGCAAGGGUGGACUGGUUCCUUAUCUUAUCUGCAAACUUUGUACUUAUACCUCUCUCUCUCUCUCUCUCUCUCUCUCUCUCCCUCUCCCUCUCCCCCCAUCUCUCUCUCUCUCUCUCUCU